GCAGGGAGCUGCAGAGAGAGGCGGGAUCAUGGGCAAAGGGAGCAGAGAGUGUGUGUGUGUUUUUUCCCCACUGUGGGAAAGCGACCAUCUCCCCCAGGGAAUCCGGCUCAAUGAGACUUUAAUCAGCACAACAGCUGCUUCCUGCCAUGAUCCUAUUAAACACGCAGCCUGAGCCUCGCACAAUAGGAUCUCUCUGUGCUCCUGUCCCAGCCCUGCUCUCCACCCUGCGGCCCACCGAGGGCCAUGGCCCGGGACACUGCCCGCUGAACACACAGGGGGGGCAGAUACCUCUCCCAUGACUAAGGAAGUGACUCAGUAUGUCGAACCCUGAAGGUGCAGCCCCAGUACCCCAGCACCUGCAUACCACCACCAGGACUUUAACUCUGCGGGGCAUUCGUGGGCACACAUCAGAAGGCCGAGGCUCAGACACAGUGGCGGACUGCAAGAAGGUUCACAGUGCCCUCAAUAAAGUGACUGCCUGUUACCGGCAGCUGGUGAUGUGUGUUGGGGGUACCUCAGACUGUAUUCGACUUAGAGAGGAAUUGGAAGAGAGCAGGAAGAAAGCUUUCGAUCUAAGCACAGAUCUGCGGAACACAUUGAUGGCACUGUUGACGGAGCAGGAAGUAAGUCCAGAAGAACGGGUGGAAUUGGAGAGGACCUGGGUGCUUUUCCUUUCCACGCUGGAACUUUUCCAACAGGAUCUGUGCAAAGCCCACCACCUUUGCCAUCUCUUUCCUUUGCAUGGACGUCGUAAGAGACUGGUCAACACUGGUGUGAUUGGCAAGACUACUGAAGUUGCUUAUAGGGCCCGCAACAUUAAGUCUCCCAGCAGCAGAGUGCGGGAGAACCCGCAGCGUUCAGAACGACCCUGUUCUCCGGAUUUAGCUGAACAAAUUGAACACAUGGAAAGAAUGCUGCAUGAUAUGCAAAUGAAAGUAAGCAUCCCCAUCUGGAGUGUAGAAGCGACCGAGGAGGCCUGGGCAGAGGUCAGUUCCACUUGUGAUCUGGAUGAGGGAUCAGAUAAUGAGAUCCUGGCAGGUGAUGACAUGUCCAGCAGAGGGUGCUGUUCCCAUGGGCAGUCACUUCACCGACCACUGUGCAUGGUCUCGUAAUCAUUAGACUCAAACAAGAAGCAACUGAAAUGGUCAGUGGAAGGGUGUACGAGGACGGUGGAAAUGUGGUCUAUAGUCCGCACCUUCUGUCCAUGUCAAAGCAGCAAUCAAUGGAGGGGACUGAAGACAACAGUCCUGGAUAUUGAAUAUAUGGGCUAUGAACCUUUAACCAUGUUUAUGCCUGUUCUGCAUCAGCACAGGCCUGCCUUUUCGUUCGCUCUAUUUUAUAUGAAAGUACAUGAAAAAAAAGCUGUGAUAGGAAAUUAAUGCAGCAUGUCAAUGAAUCUUACACUGCCAUGAACAGACUGAGUGAUUUUUGUGCAGCUGCCUUAUAGGAAUGAUGCCAUUUGGGAUUAAGAGGUUUCGUGUGCGGGUAAAGAACCCAGACUAUUCUCAUUGAAGGGACUAAUACAGGGGUAAAUUACAAUCUAUUCUUUGACAGUUGUUAAUAUGAUAACUGCUGCUGAUGAGCCGUUAACGAUGUAGACACAAUACCACUUUUGUUGGACAAAACUUAUACCAUCACUGGUUCAGUGGGGGGGGAAAAGGUCUCCCAAUCCCUUUACGUUACAUUCAAACUUAAGCAAUCACAAUCUGUUAAAGAACAGUUAUCGACACAUUAAUAGAACAUUCGAUACUUUGCGAAUUCAUCUUCAAAAAGGACUUGAUGGUUAACCAUGAAAGGUGUGUGUGCAUGAGCAGAACAAACAAGUCUCCUGAGUUGAUGAAAUAUAGAAUCACCAAAACUAUACUAAUGAUUUCUUCAAGGGAACCUGUAGGCACCGUAACAUCUUCAACUGAUAGUGGUUAUGGUGCCUGGAGUCUGUGGAUGCAGUUUAUUCACUGUUUAGCCGAGAUUAUCGUCCCCAGUAGGCUUCUGCAUGGCCUCCAAUGACAAAAUGGAGGAUCUGUGCUCCACUUUAACUAUACCAUGCAUAGCAAGCAGUGAUGGGCUUAAAGAGGCAGCCGAGUGUUUUCAACCAAUCACUGCUCCAAUCCCUGGUAUUAGAUGGUAUGGCGCAAGGCAGACGCAUAGCUAAACCUCCAUUAUAUCAUUUGGGUGCCGUUGAUCGAACAUCUCUGGUAAACGGUGAGUAAAUCGUUUAGCAGUGAUCCAGAACCCAGUUCCUGUGGUCUCUAGGUACCAUAACAACUUUAAUCAGUUGGAGUGGUUAUGGUGCGUACAAUGCUCCAUUAAAGACAUAUACAUAGCAAUCUUGCUGUGGAACACAACAGGUUUUAGACAAAUGUCCCUAAUUACCAUAAUCAAUGCACUACAAAAGGGCUCGAACAGCAAGAAAGAUCAUUCCAAGAUGGAUCUCCGUAAACUUGGUGUAAUCUUUUCAAGAUUGUGUGCUUGAACAAUGACAACUAAAGUUAGGGUUUUAAGCCGAUAUCGAUUUCUAACGGUGGCAGUUGUGACAUUUUUGGAAAGUGAUGUGCACUGAAAACGCGGACAUGAUAGCAGACGAAAGUCAGAAACGUUUAUUGAAUGGUUCUCUCUGCUGGAUUGUAAUUUACCCCACAAUUUGGUGCCAUAACAGACAUGCAUGUAGUCUUCCUCAGGGUCCAUAUACAACUAAACACUUACUAAAUGUACCAGUUGUCCCACAUAACCUCAUACAGUGUGUAUGUAACCAGAAUUUCACCCAGUGUCUAAAUGCUCUGUCUGUGCAAGGUAGCACCUGUCUUUACCUUCUAAACCAAUGCUCCAAAAAUGACAUUGUGUGGUAUCAGUAUGGUCCGUGUCUGGCUGUGUCUUGUUUGGUUUCAAUGUGCUAUACAAACGGGGAUGUUAUACAUUCCUGGGAAGGCAAAACUCCAAAUUGAUAUCACUCGGUUUUAGAGUUUUAGCAGACAUUAUCAUUUACUAUAUUUUACGAGUAAUUGCAGGAAUAUGCAAAAAAAAUAA